AUGCACUAUUGUUCCAUCGUCAUAAUCAGAACAGCCUUUGAGACUGGGUUAAGACGCCAGAAGUUUGCUGAUAGUGCUAUCAAAUUGCUGAAGAACUUGGGCUUUGAUGGUAUUGAUGUAGAUUUCGAGUACCCUGCCGAUGAUAAAGAAGCGGGUCAAUUUGUGGAUACCCUACGCCGUCUUCGUGAGGACCUUGAUUUGUACAGCUCAGCCAAUACUGACGGGUAUCAUUUCUUGCUCACUGCUGCACCCCCUGCUGGCCCUACCAAUUACCAUAAAGAGCAUCUCGCUCGGAUGGAUGAGUACCUUGACUUCUGGAACCUGAUGGCCUACGAUUACGCGGGAAGCUGGGACACCGUUGCUGGACACGACGCCAACAUCCACCCAUCUAACGGCAACCCAGGAAGCACACCCUUCAAUACGGAUCAAGCAAUCGAUUACUACACCUCGCACGGAGUGGACGCACACAAGAUUGUUAUGGGUAUGCCACUGUAUGGGCGGGCCUUCAGCGACACCAAUGGUCCUGGCCAACGAGCAGAGUGCUCGCGAGGUUGCGGGAUGUACGCUGUGGCGAGGUAG